GCGGUUUUGAUUCACUCUUCCUCCUCGCCUCUCACUGUGUUCUACCUCAGUCCUGAAACACGAGGAUUUUUUUUUUUGUACAACACAACUAUUUUUUUUAGUUCUUUUUCUCAGCAAAAAUGGCCGAUACCGCUGUAGAUACUACCACCGCCACAGAGAUUACCGCAAAGGAUCUGAAGGAGAAGAAAGAAGUUGUGGAGGAGGCAAAGGAGGAGGAGAAGAAGGAGAACGGCAACGGAGAAGCACCUGCUAAUGGCACAGCGACUAACGGUGCGUCUCAUGAAGAAACCGACAAAGAGGACAAAGCAGCCGAAGAGCCAGCUGCAGAGGGGGAGGGUGAGGAGGAGAAGGCUGCUGAAGAGGAAGCAGAUGGGGAGGCAGUGAAACGUCCCGCGGAGGAGGAGGAGUCGGUCGAAACAAAGAAACAGAAGACUGAGGAGAACGGCGAAUCCACAGAAGCCGAGGCCGAAGCAACGGCCUAAGGCUUUUCCUCUGCGGUUCUGUUUGGUCAAUCUGACAGUAGAGUUUGUGCUUCUGUGUAUAUUUAAUUCUGUUAUCGCCCCGCCCAUCUGAGAUAUUCGAUUACACUUAAGUCUAACAUCAUGACCCCCCUUUUCUCUUUUUGUAUGAUGUUAUUUAUUGGUGUAGGAACAACGCGUUAGGGUCCUGUUAUAUAAAAUCUACGAGAAUUUUUUUAUGCACACGUUCAAUGUGCAAGCACAUAUUCUAUUGUGGUAACACCCCCCCCCCUCCAUUUUUUUUGACCAGCAGAUACGCACCCGUAAAAACCUUAAAAGUCGCCGGAUAGCACGUACCCUCUUUUUUCCCCUUCAUGUUCUGAUGUUUAUAUGGGUGAUCAUAUAAUUCAGAUUCACUUAAGACCAAAGAUAAAAGUUUUAAGCAGGGGCUAAUGGACAACAUUUUAAUCCUGGUUGUUUUCUGCUGCUAGUAGUUAAUCCCUUGCUUUUGGCUUAUCUGUUAACAGAACAGAUGGCGUCCAUGAAUGGGUCUCCUUACUGAGUGAGAGUUAAGAAGAAAAGAUAACCUUGUCCUUUCCUGGCUAGCUUAUGUUAAUUAACCCCUCUUAAACCUUAAGGUUUUUGGUCUUUUGUUUCAUAUGCAUUCCAGAAGGUUUGUACCUUUUCCACGUCCUUAUGUACAGUUUGGGUUUUUUUAAUCGCCUUUUUUCCUUUUGUUUUUUAUUUGGGUAUGGGCAGUGCAGGAUGGGAUACGGUCAACAUGCUGGCACUGGUUUUGUGUUUUGGUUGCUUUUGACCACUGCUUUGUAUAUUCUGGUUCAGGCGUAUAAAUAAAAUCACUCGUCUUUUUAAAA